AUGACGUCUGGGAAGUGUCGUUCCAGCCCUUUCGUCUUCCUUUCCCCGAGGUCCCUGCAGGCCGAGCCGGAACUACGACUCCCAGGGGCCUCCCCGGCCCGGAGACCCCUCCUUCCGCCGCCUCGAGCUCCGAGCCCGGGGCCCAAGGGAGCCCAGCGGAGUCCAACGGCGAUCGGGGACCUCGCGCGGCGCCGGCGCCCCGCAGCUCGGGCCCUCCUCCUGCGGCUCCAGCCCAGGACCGCUGACCGCCUCCGGUCGCCAGGAGGCCUGGACGUCGGGAAUAUUAAAAGCGCCCCAGAUGGUUCAAAAGUGCAGCCAAAGCUAACAGCGACUGGUGUCGAGGAAAGAGAGAGUCGUUUCAGGCUGUGGCAAUGGAAGGAGAUUUCUCGAGGAGGGAACACAAGACUUACUGACCCUUCGGGAGACCAAGCCUCAGCUUUGUCCAGCAUUCAUUCUAUAAGUGCCUUGAGCACCUGUUAUGUGCGGGGAACACAGAGACGAGAGUGUCCAGACCUUUGCUAUCGAGGAACUUGCAUUCUCUUGGGAUGCGCAAGAGCCCACAGAGAGCCGCAAGCCACCACAUACUGCCCAGAGGUAGACAAAGGCGUUGCUUGGUGGAGAGUGGCCAGAGAAGCCCAGAGCUCAUCAGGCUCUGAGCUCCCCACGUGCCGAGGCCGGGGCCUGGCUGCCGCGGUCACCCUGCCGAGAGGGCUUCGGGACACCGAGGGAGUGUGCCCGGCCGUGCCUAGGUGCCAGAUCCUGCUUUCCGGGCCUGCUUUCCUCCUGGGCCCCUUGGGGUCUGGCCACCUUGCCCUCAGGAUAUUAUGCCCAGAACUGCCCCAGCCAUGCCACCUGGAGACACUCCCGGACUGGGCCAGCUCUCAGGUGGACCAGCAUUUGAAGCAAGGUGUGGAGGACUCCAGCUACCUUGUCUUUUCCCCGACACCUUGUGAUGGACAUUUGCAACCGCUUAGCAAAGUUGAAGGAAUUUUACACCACACGCCUGUAUACCCACCACCAAUGGUCCCCCUCAUGUUUUCCUAGGCUCUCACUUUAUCACAUCUAGGUAACCCUCCUCCUUUAAUCCAUUUUAUUUUUGAUGCAGAGUCAAUUUUAGCCUUAAGUGUGCUUUCCCCUGCAUACUUCAGCGUAUACAUCAUUAACUAGAGUUCAUGAUUCACAGUCUUUUUCUUUUAAUGUAAAACUUACAACGAAAUGCCCUGCUUGUAAGUGAACAUUUGCUGAGUUUUGACAGAUGUAUCCUUUUUUGUAACUCAGACCCUUAUUGAGAUACUGAGCGUGCCCGUCACCCCCAGAGUUCCCUCAUGCUCCUUCUGGUCGACCCCCAGUGCACUCAGAGGCAACCACUCGGUGUCCUGCGUAGUGAUACUGGAGCCUAAAGCAAAAGGAAAAAAAUGUUUUUUAAUGACUAAUUUUUUUCCCCAGAACACUGAAGUAGGUGAAAACCCAUUGAAAAAUGAAAGUAGAUAUAUUAAAACUCAAAAUAUUUUAAGUUUAAAUAUUUUAUUUAUACCAAAACCAAUUGAUAAUUUUGCUUUCCUGGUUUUAGUGGAAACAAAUUCAAUAUUUCCAAAGUCUACUACUUAUCCUUUUUUUCUUUUUUUAACUUAUUUUUUGGCCGCACUGCGCAGCAUGUGGGAUCUUAGUUCCCCGACCAGGGAUCGAACCCGCGCCCCCUGCAAUAGAAGCAUGGAGUCUUAACCACUGGACUGCCAGGGAAGUCCCUACUUAUCUUGUUUUUAAUGGAGAGAAUUGCCACACUAAUUUCUUUUGACCAAGUGAUCUUAAAUAAUUUUUCAUUAACUGCUACUCACUGAAAUGUCUUACAUGAUGCCAUGGCGACUGGGCGUGCUAACAGCCUUCUCAAGGCCAUGUCCAAAUUGGAAGGGAUUGCACUAAGCAAAUGUGUGAAUCAGUCUUCGAAGAUCCAAACACAGUGUUAAUUUUAUAUUAUAAAUUACUGACAUUGCAUGCUGCUUAAACCGUAUCUGAUGAAAUUCCUGUAGGACUUAAAUCAGAUAUCCGAGUCAAAUAAGUGGCUGCUUUGUGUAAAUCAGAUGUAUCCAUAGAAAAUAACUUUUCUCCAGCUAAAAAUUCAAAAUGUAAAGACACUUUAAUUUUUCAUAUCUUCAUAUCAAGUGUGAAAUUAGAGCAUCUAUAACCUCCUUUGCAUUUGAUAUGCAAUGCAGGUUUCUUAUAACUGACACUCAUCCAGUGAUUCAUUUCCAGUUUCUGUACUUUUAUUUUAAAGCUGAAGUGCAGCAUUUGUGGUAUAGUGGUGAGCAUAGCUGCCUUCCAUAAAAUUGAAGCAGUAUACCCAUAUCUUUUGCUAAAAUUUUACGUUCAUCAAACAUUCCUUCAAAGUUACUGUUAUUUAUUGUAAGCAAAGGGACAGGCCUUCUGUUAGGCAUGGAACGUUAUGUAUAGUCAUUCUUUUUUUAUUGUAUAGCCUUCAUAACUUUUCCACUUGGUUUAGA